CCUCUCUCUCUCUCUCUCUCUCUCUGCAUAGUACAAACCCAAAGCCAUCCUUCUGUUAAACAGACCCUCACUCCAUCAAUUACGCUCUAAAAGGGGAAACCCACAGACACAAACAUCCCCCAUUUCCCAACCCAAAUGUUCCCCCAGAAUUUACCUUUUCUCUUCUUCUUCUUCUUCUUCUAUCCCUUCCACAUUUCGGGUCUAUCCAACCCAGACCCGGCAACUAUCCAAUCAUUUUUGUCAAACCCAUCUCCCCUUGCAACCAUACCUGCAUUCCCAGAACAGUCCAAUGUUGAAGGCUGUCCGUUAGACCUGCCGGAUGAACUCUUCCACGGCAUAAAAACUGCAUGUGGGAGUGGUGGAAAUAGACAGCUACACAAGAGCCGGUGCUGCCCUGUUCUGGCAGCGUGGCUGUACUCUGCAUACUCUGCCACCGCCCUUGGCAGGGCUGGCAGAGUAACCCCAGCAGUGGCGGGUCGUACUUCCUCAUCAUAUCUGCCACUGCUUCCAGAUGACUCAGAGACGUGCGUUGAUGAUCUGGGUAAAGCCUUGAAAGAUAAAGGAAUAGAAUUGGUUAAACCAAAUGAGACUUGUGACGUGGUUUAUUGUUAUUGUGGGAUUAGAUUGCACCCACUGAGCUGUCCUCAGGCAUUUUCUACCAACCAACAGGGGAAGCUUGUUGGGGAUAAGAGGGUCAAGAGGUUAGAGAGGAAUUGCUUGAGUAGCAGCACUAAUGUGAAUCAAUUUCCCGGUCUUGGUGGGUGCUCCAAGUGCUUAAACAGCCUUUAUAGGCUUAACAACAAGAAGACUUUGAACUCAAGCAAAUCAGAGGACAGGACCACCAAAAUGCACAACAAAGAUUGCCAGUUGAUGGGUCUCACAUGGCUGCUCGCAAAGAAUCGAACAGCUUACAUUCACACAGUUUCUGCAGUUUUACGAGCUAUGAUGAUGAAUGCAGAUGGGUCUAAUCCUCAGUCCUGCACUAUCAAUAGUGAUGGUAUCCCCCUGGCUGUUGGUUCUUCUGAAAUUUCCAGCAAUUCUUUGUCAAUCUCCCAUCAAGCACCUAUCUAUGUAUCUGUUGUUGUUUUUGUAAUCUGUUUGUUUCAUUUGCUGCUCUUUGCAUCUUCCACCAAAUUUUAGAUGAUAGCUUUAACCUAGUGAAUUGUUGUUGUUGUUUUUGUGACACUAAUUUUUUUUCUUUUCUUUUCUUUUUUUUGGUUCUGUGCUGUUUUUGUGAAGGCAUGCCCAGGUGUUUCUUCUGUAUUUAUUUUCACUCUAUGUGAGUAGCAUAUUAAUUCUAUUUCUAUCAAAGAAAUAAGGAUUAGUACACUUUAGUACCUUGUGCUUUGCAUAUUUUAUUAAUAGAAGUCUCGGUUUUUUUUUUUUUUC